AGCUUCAGACUUUAUUUCCUGCUUGUUAGCUUCUAGUUUCUCCAGCAGCUUCUGGUUCUGGAGAUUAAAAAGUGUUCUUCCUCUCUUUCUAACAGGACCCAUCAGAGACCAGACCCUGCUGAACCUGAACCUGAAGCUGAACUGAACCCAGCUGUGUGUCCAUGAAGAGUCACCGCUACUUUAAAAAAAGAAGGCGACCUGACCUCGAGUGCUGAAUAGAAAUGGAGGAGAGCGGAUUGAUGGAGAGACUUGAAUGGCAGAAGGAGAGAAUAGCAAUGCAAAGGGAAAUUGAAAUGUUAAGAAGAAGAUUGAGGACCCAGCAGAAACCAGAGUCUCCUGAACCUGAACCUGAACCUGAACCUGGACCUGGACCUGAACCUGAACCUGUACCUGGACCUGGACCUGAACCCAGCUGUGUGUCCUUUAAGAGCGACCGGUCAUAUCAAGGCCUCAUUGACUUUAAAGGAGAGCAACCCUCUGAUGAAAAGAUACCAGACUCUGUUGAACCUGAAUCCAGCUGUGUGUCCUUCAACAGUGAGCAGUCAUAUCAUGGCCUCAUUGACUUUAAAGGUCAACAACCCUCUGCUGAAAAGAGGACCCAUCAGAGACCAGAGUCUGCUGAACCUGAUCCUGAUCCUGAACCUGAUCCUGAACCCAGCUGUGUGUCCUUCAAGAGCGACCAGUCAAAAGAGUUUGAUUUGAAUUUUAAAUGUGUUUCUGACAAAAAACUAUCUGCUGAUGGAAGGAUCCAGCAGCAGAGACCAGAGUCUCCUGAACCUGAACCUGAACCCAGCUGUUGGUCCGUCAAGAGCGACGAGUCAUUCGAUUUUUUUAUUAAUUUUAAACAAAGACUUCCAUCUGACAGAAAAGUGGACCAGGAGAGCUCAGAGGUUCCCAGUGGUCAGUCUACCCAGCAGCAUCAAACACACCUGGACUCCAUCUUUAUGCUUCUGAGUCCAGAUUACCCAGAAUGCUCAGAGAGUAAGAGGGAGGAUGAGCAUGAAGAGCAGAGGAGGAGCAGAGAGGCAUUUCUGAAGAUCACACUGCACUUCCUGAGGAGAAUGAAGGAGGACGAGCUGGCUGACCGUCUGCAGCCUUUUUUGUUCUGUAUUCAUUCAGGAAGUCCAGCAGGAGUUUGUAGAUGUAAACUCAAAUCUAAGCUAAACAAGAAGUUCCAGUGUGUGUUUGAGGGAAUUGCUAAAGCAGGAAACCAAACCCUUCUGAAUCAGAUGUUCACAGAGAUCUACAUCACAAAGGAAGGGACUGCAGAGGUCAAUGAUGAACAUGAGGUCAGACAGAUUGAAACAGCAUCCAGGAAACCAGACAGACCAGAAACAACAAUCAGACAAGAAGACAUCUUUAAACCCCCACCUGGAAGAAAUGAACCAAUCAGAACAGUGAUGACAAAGGGAGUGGCUGGCAUCGGGAAAACAGUCUUAACACAGAAGUUCACUCUGGACUGGGCUGAAGGCAAAGCCAACCUGGACAUCCAGUUCACAUUUCCAUUCACCUUCAGAGAGCUGAAUGUGCUGAAAGAGAGAAAGUACAGCUUGGUGGAACUUGUUGAUUACUUCUUUAGUGAAACCAAAGAAGCAGGAAUCUGCAGGUUUGAAGAGUUCCCGGUUGUGUUCAUCUUUGACGGUCUGGAUGAGUGUCGACUUCCUCUGGACUUCCUCAACACUAAAAUCCUGACUGAUGUUACAAAGUCCACCUCAGUGGGUGUGCUGCUGACAAACCUCAUCAGGGGGAAUCUGCUUCCUUCUGCUCGCCUCUGGAUAACCUCCCGACCUGCAGCAGCCAAUCAGAUCCCUCCUGGGUGUGUUGACAUGGUGACAGAGGUCAGAGGGUUCACUGAUCCACAGAAGGAGGAGUACUUCAGGAAGAGAUUCAAAGAUGAGGAGCAGGCCGACAGAAUCAUCUCCCACAUCAAGACAUCACGAAGCCUCCACAUCAUGUGCCACAUCCCAGUCUUCUGCUGGAUCACUGCUACAGUUCUGGAGGAUGUGUUGAAGACCAGAGAGGGAGGAGAGCUGCCCACGACCCUGACUGAGAUGUACAUCCACUUCCUGGUGGUUCAGUCCAAAGUGAAGAACAUCAAGUAUGAUGGAGGAGCUGAGACGGAUCCACACUGGAGUCCAGAGAGCAGGAAGAUGAUCGAGUCUCUGGGAAAACUGGCUUUUGAGCAGCUGCAGAAAGGCAACCUGAUCUUCUAUGAAUCAGACCUGACAGAGUGUGAAAUCGAUAUCACAGCAGCCUCAGUGUACUCAGGAGUGUUCACACAGAUCUUUAAAGAGGAGAGAGGACUGUACCAGGACAAGGUGUUCAGCUUCAUCCAUCUGAGUGUUCAGGAGUUUCUGGCUGCUCUUCAUGUCCAUCUGACCUUCAUCAACUCUGGAGUCAACCUGCUGUCAGAAGAACAAACAACAUCAACACAGUUCUACCAGAGUGCUGUGGACAAGGCCUUAGAGAGUCCAAAUGGACACCUGGACUUGUUCCUCCGCUUCCUCCUCGGUCUUUCUCUGAAGACCAAUCAGACUCUCCUACGAGGUCUGCUGACACAGACAGGAAGUAGCUCAGUGACCAAUCAGGAAACAGUUGAGUACAUCAAGGAGAAGAUCAGUAAGAAUCUGUCUGCAGAGAGAAGCAUCAAUCUGUUCCACUGUCUGAAUGAACUGAAUGAUCGAUCUCUAGUGGAGGAGAUCCAACAGUCCCUGAGUUCAGGAAGUCUCUCCAGAUCUAAACUGUCUCCUGCUCAGUGGUCAGCUCUGGUCUUCAUCUUACUGUCAUCAGAAGAAGAUCUGGACGUGUUUGACCUGAAGAAGUUCUCUGCUUCAGAGGAGGGUCUUCUGAGGCUACUGCCAGUGGUCAAAGCCUCCAAAAAAGCUCUGUAA